UGAACAUUCAUAUUAACAACACAGGCAUCACCGAGUCGCGCCAGAGAGAUUCUCUAGUUCUGGGAUAUGUGAUAAGAGUUUAUCGAAAUUUCUGUGCGCGUUUGUUGAUUUAUGACAUAAAUAAACAAAACGCAAAUGGAAACGUGUUCAACUCAACUAAAAGUUUACCGUCGAGGAGAUCCAUUUACGUGCCAGCGUAUUUGGGAUGCUAUUAAAGUUAUAAAGUUUGAUCGUAAAUCAGCUACUGCUGAGAAUAUUAUUCGAUAUUGCUGCAAACAUUAUAAUCUCGAAGGGAAAUUUGUAAAAGGACAACUUGGCUUGCUGGUAGAGGAUAAUCUGAUCCUCAAAAAGAGUUCUGCCCCAGUGAAAGGGUGUAACAAAGGUGUAGAACAAACUAUCUUUGCCAUUCCGCUGGAAUCUGAAAUUGAUCUGACAGGAAAGAAUGAUUGGUACUGUUUCAAUUGCCACAAACCUGGUGAAGUUUUGGCCUGCACUUCCUGCCCACGAGUUUACCAUGUAGCAUGUCUGAAUGAUUUAAAGCAUGAAGAUUUUACAGAAAAGUUUGUUUGUCUGUUUUGCAAAGAAAUCAAAUUUGAGGAAAGUAAAGAAGAUUCUGAAGCCAGAGGUGAAUUAAAUCUUCUUCUCAGUUUUGCGUGUGCCAGAUUGGAGGAAAAGCUACCCAUUGAAAAUUACGUCUGGAACUCUGUGAACAACAACGCCGCAUAUAGCACUCCAUUUACCACCGACAGGUGUGCGGCACGCCUUACAAAAAUGCCUAAGCAAAUAAAAUCCAGUGUGGAGGAAGAAGAAAAAUGGCGAGCGAUGUUCCUGCUUCGGUUACCCAUGAUGAGUCUUCCAAAGAUGAAUGAUAGAGCCGAUCGUCAGGUUUACAAAUCGCUUGCCCAAUUUCGGAUGGAUACAGAUACUGUGGUUCACAAUGUUACCAUCUUUCAUGGAGAACACAGCCCAUUGGCAGAUUCUGCUAGAGUUAUGAAGCGGGACUGUGCCUACGAAUUGGGUGAAAUAAACUUAUGCCGGGACUGUUACAAGAGAUCAAAUAUGCAAGAAGAACCAGACUGGUUUUGUCAUCCUUGUAAUCCAUCACACGAACUGGUUUAUGCCAAGGCGAAAGGAUUCCCAUACUGGCCUGCAAAAGUUCUUAGAAUCAUUAACGGUAAGGAAUAUGAUGUCCGCUUUUUUGGCCACGGACAUGACCGAUUAACUUUGGACAAGAGCUUUACCCGUCCUAUAACUUGUAACGUAACAUCGCUAGUGCCUAAACGCUCUGCUGCAUGGGUCAAAGCCGUCGAUGAACUAAGAAAACACCAGGUGAUGCUUGCCGAAGCAACUUUAAAUAGUUCAAAUGACGAAGAGGAAUAUUGCGACGAUAAUCAGCAUGGGAAGAAUGGUGCAUCUGCGAAACCUUCAACUGCCGAAUCGCCGACGCAGAACCGAUCUCAUUAUUUAAAACCAUUUAGCGUUUACCUGAACCGCUUGGAAGUCCCAGAAGUGGUAGAUAAAAUCGACGAAUUGUCGGAACCAUUGAUUUGCGGUUCAAAAUUACCUUUUUCGGAGGAAAGUAUUGUCUCUCAAGAUGUAGCUACGGAAAAUUCAUUGAUGGAUCUGAUAUCUUCAACGGUUUUCCAGGACAAUCUUCUCUUUUCAAAGGCGAAUGAUACCGAAAACGACGAAAUCACUGUAAAGGAUUUUGUGUCUUCUGCGAUGUCUCAAGAUGAUAAACUAAAGGAAGAAUUCAUCGAAUUAAUGGCGGCAAGAGAAAGAAUUGUCGCGCUUGAGAAAGAGGUUGAAAGUCAACGACAACAGAUCCAGAUUCAGAAGCAACUGAUUGAUAGUCAAAGGGAUGAAAUUGAAACUCAGAAACAUGACCAUGCCUCCAUGGUUCAUACCUUAAAAGAGCAGCAUACUAAAGAAAUUGCAGAAACCAAAAGCAAAAUCUGGUGUUCUAAUGGAUGUGGAGCAGAAGGAAUUUACCAUUGCUGUUUCAGUGUUGCAUACUGUAACACCAUAUGUCAACAGUUGCAUUGGAAAUCCAGUCACAAAAAGAGUUGCAGAAGGGAGAGAGAAAGCAAACGAGUCAAAUGACAAUUACCAAACAUUGAGAUGUGAAAUAAGAAGCAUAACCAUUCCUAAACAAGAACUAACUGUAUUAUUACCCUUGACACAAAAUACACAUUGCAGAAAUCA